GGCUGGCGCAUUGUAAAGCAUUAUAAAAGCUCGACUAGAGAACAGCACGUGAAUGUGAGUCCUGUGUUGCUGAAAUCGCAGAGGUGCACGGAUACAUAUAACACGAGGAUCUUGGAGUCUUCUGACAUCCUUGGAACUUGAGUUAUUCUGCAAAACGGCGGCUGAUACAAAAUGAAGGUCGCUGCACUCUUUAUCCUCGGUUGCCUGGUUUGGGAAGGAAUGGCAAAGCCUGAAUUUCCAGAACAAGAGAAGGACCCUGGUUUCUGGAAGGAAUGGGCUCAGCGCACACUAAAAAAUGCUUUGACCCUUCAAGACCUCAACAAAAAUGUUGCCAAGAACAUCAUUCUUUUUCUUGGUGAUGGCAUGGGUGUACCCACGGUCACAGCAGCACGCAUUCUAAAGGGUCAACUGAGUGGACAGAAUGGUGAGGAAACACAGCUAGAGAUGGACAAAUUUCCCUACGUUGCCCUCUCUAAGACAUAUAACACCAAUGCUCAGGUCCCAGACAGUGCGGGCACUGCCACAGCAUAUCUGUGCGGGGUGAAGGCCAACGAGGGUACGGUUGGUGUGAGCGCAGCAGCUGUGAAAUCCCAGUGCAACACCACUCGGGGGAACGAGGUCACCUCCAUUCUUAAAUGGGCCAAAGACGCAGGCAAAUCAGUGGGAAUCGUCACAACAACACGAGUGAACCAUGCCACUCCGAGUGCGGCGUAUGCACACUGUGUAGACCGGGACUGGUAUUCAGAUGGAGACAUGCCUGCUGAAGCACUCCAGAGCGGAUGCAAGGACAUCGCCAGACAACUCUUUGAAAAUAUCCCUGACAUUGACGUGAUUAUGGGGGGUGGGAGGAGAAAUAUGUACCCCAGAAACACACCAGAUGUGGAAUACCCAGGAGACAAGAAACACAACGGUACACGCAAAGAUGGCAGGAACCUCGUGGGGGAGUGGACUGACAGAAUGAAGGAUAAGAGAGGUUACUAUGUUUGGAACAGGAAGGAUCUCUUUUCUCUGAAUCCAAGCAAUGUGGAUUAUCUUUUGGGUCUUUUUGAGCCAGCAGACCUGCCCUAUGAGCUCGAGAGAAACAAAGAAACUGACCCUUCCCUCACUGAGAUGGUAGACGUGGCCAUUAAGAUCCUCCGAAAAAAUGAACGCGGAUUCUACUUAUUGGUGGAAGGUGGGCGCAUUGAUCACGGACACCAUGAUGGAAAAGCCAAACAUGCCUUACACGAGGCUGUGGAAAUGGACCGGGCCAUUACCCGAGCCGGUCUUCUCACCAGCAUUUAUGACACACUGACAGUUGUCACGGCUGAUCACUCUCAUGUCUUCAGCUUUGGAGGCUACACACAUCGGGGAAACUCAAUCUUUGGUUUGGCCCCCAUAAUGAGUGAUAUUGACCAGAAGCCCUUCACAUCCAUUCUCUAUGGAAAUGGCCCAGGGUUCAAGUUUGUUAACGGUGCUAGAGAGAAUGUCUCAACUGUGGACUACGAGCAUAACAACUAUCAGGCGCAGGCUGCUGUUCCCUUGAGCAUGGAGACUCAUGGCGGUGAAGAUGUGGCGAUAUUCUCCAAAGGUCCCUUGGCUCAUCUUCUUCAUGGAGUCCAGGAGCAGCAUUACAUUCCCCACGUCAUGGCCUACGCAGCUUGUAUUGGCCAAAACAAAAACCACUGCCAUACAAACUCCGGUUCCCCUUCUCUCAGUCACAUCUCCCCUACGCUGGCCGUUCUUCUCUCAGUUAAAUGGCUUCUGUGCUGACCCCUCUUCUCUGGAUCCUCUCUUAUCUUAUCGUGACUAGAUCAGAAACUAUCCUAACUGGUUCUCUCAAGUGGAAUUUAUGAUUUUUUAUAACAUGUGAUUAGUUUUUAAAGCAUUGUUUAACAUUGGGACCAAUGUGCGGGCAUUAUGGAGAGCUUGAGGCCAAUUUGAGAUUUUGUUGCAAUAACGAAAUUUCAAUAAA